AAUCUAAUCGUCGAGAUGCAAUUAUUUGACAAAGAAAAAUAUUUCAACUAUUUACGGAUGUCACCAACAAUGUUCAAUGAAUUAUUGACAAUUGUUGGACCUCGGAUUGAAAAACAGAAAGUGGUUCGCAAUCCAAUAAGUGCUGAAACUAGAUUGCAUGUGACCCUACGAUGGUUGGCUUCGGGUGAUAGUAUGACUUCACUGUCCUACGCCUAUCGCAUUGCCCAAUGUACACUUUCGCAUAUCAUCCCGGAAACUUGUGAACAAAUUUGGCUUGCCCUAAAAGAUAGAGUUCUCAUUAAUGCUACGCAAAACAAUUGGAGAAAAGUUGCUGAAGACUUUGAAAGAAUAUGCCAAUUUCCACACUGCAUUGGAGCUAUCGAUGGGAAGAACGUGAUUAUUCAGGAAUAUAUAUUAAAUAUUUAUUUAUAUUUCUAG